UGUUUUUUAUUUAUGGCAACAUAUUAUGUUAAACCUGUUUGACUGGUUCAGUGAGAUUAAAAAAAAUCAAAGAAAAGGGAGAACAGGACAGCAAACACAUAGACUUGGUGCUACAUGUUGAGGAGGGAAUGAUGCUUCGCUGGUUUGUGUUUGUUCUGCUUGUUGGCGUCUCUGCCGGUGCAGAGGAAGAGAAGAAGAAAGCGAAGCUUCCCUCCCUGGYAAACGGGUGGGGAAAUAACAUUAAAUGGGUGAAAAGUUAUGAGGACGGCCUAUCAGAAAUGCAAAAGAGUCAGAAGCCUCUGAUGGUCAUUCAUCAUCUCGACAACUGCCCACACUGCAAAGCACUGAAGAAGGCGUUUGUUGCUGAUAAGUCCAUCCAGAAAAUGGCCAAAGAAGACUUCAUCAUGCUCAACCUGAUGGAAGAAACAUCAGACAAGAAUUUGGCUCCUGAUGGCUACUAUGUUCCCAGAAUCCUCUUUGUUGAUCCAUCUCUGACUGUACGCACAGACCUUGUAGGAAAGUAUAGCAACAGCCUCUACACCUACCAGCCGGAGGAUAUGGAGGACCUGGCUGAAAACAUGAAGAAAGCCAAACUCCUGAUGCACGAUGAGCUCUGAUGAGGCUCCUCGUCGCACCGCUGGACCUCAUCCAUCAGCGCUGAACUGUUAAACUAUUUUUCAGAGCUUAGUGCAUCAAAUUUUGUACUGUUUACACCUACUGUUCAUACCUGAAAUAUCAGGUUUACAUGCAGUUUACACUCGUUUUAAAAUGUGCAUGUAGAAAUAAAUCAAUCUGCUUUGAAAAUAAAAAACAAACUCAG